UUUCUCGCGCUCUCGUGUCACGUCGCCAUCAUUCCCAUUUCACACUUAUUUGGAAUCGUUGCAUCAUGAAAGAAGUACUAUGCUACACUUUGAACACGCGAUUCGUGUCCCUGCUAUAAAUUUCUAUCUUGUCAUUGUUUUGUCUAAGCGAUCAUCGAUAUUCCCAAUCUUUCCUUCUUCUUUCUUUCACUCUCGACCCUCUCGAGAAUUUCCAGUUGCUUGGUGUUGGUCUGCUUGCUCACAUUUUUUCUAACGAUGGCUUCCUCAUACUACUUUGUCCUCUAAUAAGUUUUCUUAGUAGCUUUGGAGAGAAUGGGGGAAGAGGCUGCGCUCGCCAAAGAGGAGCUCGACGCUGGAGCGGCAUUCGUGCUAGUAUCCAAAGGGACAUGGCUACACGCAGCGUACCAUCUCACCACAGCCAUCGUCGGUCCAGCGAUUCUAAGCCUUCCAUACGCUUUCGCGUCACUCGGCUGGGAAUUGGGAGUUUUGGCCCUGACAAUGGGAGCUCUUGUCACCUUCUAUGGCUACAAUCUCGUCUCCACGCUGCUCGAGCAAGCGGAUCAAAGAGGCCAGAGACACUUGCGCUUGGGAGAUUUGGCGGUGGACAUUCUUGGACCAAAGUGGAGUAAAUACGUUGUUUUUCCGCAGAUGGUCAUCAGCUUUGGCAUCGUUGUUGGCAGCAAUCUCUUGUGCGGACAAGGAAUGCUCAAAAUCUACGAGAACUUGGUGAAAGAUGGCGACCUCAAGCUUUACCACCUCGUGAUGAUCAGCGCGUCGAUCAUGAUCAUCCUGUCCCAGCUUCCAUCUUUCCACUCGCUUCGCUACAUCAGCCUCGCCUCGGCGCUCCUCUCCAUGGGAUACAGCCUUGGCGUGGUGGCGGCGUGCAUCUACGCAGGUCACUCCAAGCGAGCGCCACCAAAGGAUUACUCCAUCGUUGGGAGCACCAGCGCUAGAGUUUUCCACGCUUUCAAUGGCCUCUCGAUCAUGGCCUCGACGUAUGGAGUGAGCAUUAUACCCGAGAUCCAGGCGACUAUAGCUUCUCCAGUGUCCGGGAAGAUGUUUAAAGGAUUGCUGCUUUGCUACGCGGUCGUGGUGACGACGUUCUUCUCGGUUUCCAUCUCGGGCUACUGGGCUUUUGGCAACAAAGCCACUGGAAAUCUCUUCGACAACUUCAUUCCAGACGACAACACAACGCUAGCUCCCGACUGGCUCUUGUUCCUGAUCAUUCUCUUCAUCGUCAUCCAGCUCCUCGCAAUCGCAGUGGUUUACUCGCAGCCUCUCUUUGAUGUCUUCGAGACUGCUCUUUCCGACGUCAAAAGGCCAAUCUUCUCGUUUAGAAACUUGCUCCCCCGGCUCGCAGUGAGAUCACUCUACAUAGUUUUGGCAGCGUUUCUAGCGGCAAUGCUCCCGUUCUUCGGAGAUCUCAAUGCGUUCAUAGGCGCCGUGGGGUUCUUGCCUCUAGCUUUCAUUCUCCCCCCGGUUCUCUACAACAUCAAGUGUAAGCCAUCGCCAGGGACGGUGGUCUUCUGGGUAAACACAGCCAUUAUCGUGGUGUACGGUGCCAUGGCGGUCAUGGGAAGCGUUUCUUCCGUACGCCAGAUCGUCCUGGACGCUCACAAGUUCAAGGUCUUCUCCAAUAACACAAGCUAACUGAGAAUGUAUGAAUCUUUGGCAACCACUUAACCAAGCCACUUGAUCAGUCCAAAGAGUUUACAAGCGAGAAGGCCCAUGGGGAAUGUCCCAGAGGUUGCAUAAGCAACUGUGUUAAGGCGGCAUGAAAAAGAUAACUUUCCAACGGUAACAAAACAAUUUCAAAAAAUAAA